AGACAGAAACAUGGAAGUCUAACCUGGACACCAAGACAGGCAGUGAAAGUCUAGACUAGAACUACACGAAACCAUCCUCGAAAGUCUCGUUUUAGCUUACACGGUUCGUCAUCCAAUAGAUUAAAAAGUCCGAUAACAAGCAAUGACAAUGUUGGGUAUGUACGUGCCAGACAGAUUUGCGCUCAAGUCAUCCAAAGUCCAAGACGGAAUCGGACUAUACACCGCGAGACGAGUGAAGAAGGGAGAGAAGUUUGGCCCUUUUGCCGGGGAGAAGAAAAUGCCGAGCGACAUGGAUGAGAGCAUGGACCCGCGCUUGAUGUGGGAGGUCCGGGGCACCAAAGGGGACGUGCUCUACAUUCUGGACGCCAGUAACCCGCGGCACGCUAACUGGCUGCGCUUCGUCCACCAGGCCCCCUCGCAGGAGCAGAAGAACCUGGCGGCCAUUCAGGAUGGUGAGAAUAUCUUCUACCUGGCCGUGGACGAUAUCGAGACGGACACGGAGCUGCUGAUUGGCUACCUGGACAGUGACAUGGAGGAGGAAGAGGAGGAAGAGGAGGAGGAAGACAUCAAGGACGAAGAUGAGAGCAGCAUUGAAGCCAAGCAUAUGAAUGAAGAGGUUCUGAUUAAGAAGGAGGACCACCCGUGCCUGCUGUGUGAGAACAGCUUCCCGAGCGAGGAGGUGCUGGCGGCCCACCUCCAGAGCCUGCACCAGAGGCCCAGCACCGAGGAGAAGGAGUUCAAGUGCCGCAGCUGUGGCAAGAAGUUCCCCGUCAAACAGGCCCUGCAGCGCCAUGUCUUGCACUGCGCGGAGAGCCAGGCCACGACUGGGGACUCCGCCACCAAAGCCGCCCACCAGUGCUCUCUCUGUCACUGCACCUUCCGCUCUGAGUCCAGUUUUGAGCAGCACAAAGAGGCCUGCAAAGGGGAUCCCAGGUUCAUCUGCAAGGCAGAGAGCUGUGGGAAGAGAUUCAAGAGCAAAGAUGCACUGAAGAAACACAAGGGAAAUGUGCACACAGGUCUGUUGAGGACACAGUCACACAGACACAGACACACAGACACAGGCAGCGCUCGGAGGAAGCUAGUGUGUACCAUCUGCAACAAGAAGUGCUCCUCCUCGCUUAACCUUCAGGAACACCGCAAGGUGCAUGAGAUAUUCGACUGCCCGGCCUGCGACAAGAAAUUCAUCUCCACCAACCAGCUGAAGCGUCACAUGAUCACACACUCUGAGAAGCGACCGUACACGUGUGAGAUAUGCAGCCGCUCCUUCAAGCGUCUGGACCAGGCCAUGGCCCACAAGAUCAUCCACAGCGAGGACAAGCCCUACAAGUGCAAGCUGUGUGGGAAGGAGUUUGCCCACCGCAACGUCUACAAGAACCACAAGAAGACCCACUCGGAGGAGAGACCGUUCCAGUGCGAGGAAUGCAAGGCUCUGUUCCGCACGCCAUUCUCACUGCAGAGACACCUCCUUAUUCACAACAGUGAGCGGACGUUUAAGUGUGACCAGUGUGACGCCACCUUCAAGAGGAAGGACACUCUAAAUGUCCACAUCCAGGUGGUCCACGACGGCCACAAGAAGUACAAGUGUGACCUGUGUGAGAAGGCCUUCGUCACCCCCUCGGUCCUCAAGAGCCAUAAGAAGACCCACACAGGAGAGAAGGAGAAGAUCUGCCCCUACUGUGGUCAGAAGUUUGCCAGCAACGGUACCUUGAGGGUCCACAUACGCAGCCACACAGGGGAGAGGCCGUACCAAUGCCCCUACUGUGACAAGGCCUUCAGCAAGAACGAUGGACUGAAGAUGCACAUCCGCACACACACAAGGGAAAAGCCCUACAAGUGUGCCCAGUGCAAUAAGGCCUUCAGUCAGAAGAGAGGUCUGGACGAGCACAUGCGGACACACACCGGAGAGAAGCCCUUCCAGUGUGACGUGUGUGACCUGUCCUUUAGCCUGAAGAAGAUGCUGAUCCGACACAAGCUCACCCACAACCCCAAUCGACCCAUGGCCGAGUGCCAGCUCUGCCACAAGAAGUUCACCAGGAACGAUUACCUCAAGGUGCACAUGGAGAACGUCCACGGAGAAACAGAUGGCUAGUAGCUGGGGAGCACGAACAUGUAAAGGAUGAACAUGCAUAAACUUGCAUAAACAUGUCGGAAAAAGGAGGACCACAGACGAAUCUGUAGGUUUUAUACACGACAAUUCCAUUCUAACUUUCAAAAGAAGGAAGUUUACUGCAUACUUUCUUGACAUUAUGCUCGUUUAUUUAGAGCGACCUGAGCGAACCUGAUGACGCACAGAGGCGAAACGCAUUGUUCGCUCUAAAUAAACGAGCAUGAAGUCAAGAAAGUGUGCGGUAAACUUCUUUCUUUUGAAGUAUUGAACACUCCUGUGUUUACCAGCACCUAGGAGCUGUGCAUGGAACUUUGAACUGUUGAAUAUCCAUUCUAUCUUUGUUAGGACCAAAUUGCUAUUGCAAAGGAGCUCCAAAGAAAUGAAGAGGGGCCAGUGAUGAUUCUACAACAUGGAAUCAAAAUGCGUUGACAUAAAGGCUUAGCAUAAUUUUUUUCUGUGGGAUAAGUGCAAUGUAAAUGUCAUCAAAGCCCCUUUUCACAAUGCAGAUGUGCCUUAAUGUUUUUUUGUUAUUUUAUUUUUUAAACUGUUCAAUGAAACUUCACUAAAAUGACAAAAGGGAAAUGGUAUACUGUACCCAUAAAAUACCAAAUAACAGCUGAAUUUCAAUCAUGUUACAGCUAGCCUGAUUAUCAUCGACUUUCAAAUCUCUUCGAGACUUGGUCUGACCUAGAGCAUAACAAUUAAUAUUUCCCAAACGGCAUUUCCCAAAUGGCCUCCCUUGGUUUGCUUAUGAUUGUUUGCCUCCCAACAAAGUGGGAGGAGUUUCUGAAUCAGAAAGUACUUGCAUUGACUCUUGACCUGACAUAUUAAUAAGUAAAUGAGGAGGAAGAUGUGAUGACUGGUGCUGCACACUUUUCUUCUUAACCUUUUUUUUUGACACAUCAUGUUUACUUUCAGUCAGUCUUUGAUACAGUGUUGAUCCAGUGUCACAUAAAUCGAAGGUCUGUUCGAUAAUUACAGUAAAUGCCUGGGCAUUCAUUUGGUAUUUUCUGUACUUAAUGGUCAACUAGUGAUUUUUUCCUGCACACCUCACCAGCAGGUGCAUUGGAGAUGACCCAUAGGUUGCGGAUCAGACAAAACUAUAACACACUUACUUACACACUGACCAUUUCUAUAGUAACUUUAUUCACAACGUUUCGUUCUAAGGCCUUCAGGUAAAUUUUAAGUGAUUGAAGGUAACCAAAACGUGAAUGAAGUUACUAGCGAAAUGGUCAGUCUGCGGGUGUUCUAUAGUUUUCUAUGGAUGCUACUUCAUGUUCUCUCAUACUUAACCAAUUAUUAUGUACUGUAUACACACCUGAAUGUGAAAGCUUGGGAAAAGCAAGAAUCAGAGAAUACUUAAUACAUUCUGUAUACAGCAUGUCCACUAUAUCUUUGUUAGGACUAAGUUGCUGUCACAAAAGCAAACCAAAGAAAUGUUUAGAAGAGACAAUCCUAUAUGAUCUAUGUUAAAACAACAACAACAGCAAAAUUGUGGAAACGCUAUGGCUUAAUGACCUGUGUAUUAAUUAUGUCAGAAAUGCCUACUAUGAGAAGAAUGCAAUAUUCUUGAUGCCAAUGUGCCUUAUUAUGUGUUUGUUAUUUUAUAGUCUAUUCAAUGAAAGGUUCACUAAAAUAACCAAAGGGAAAUGGUACUGUAUGUAUUCCCAUACUGUGUCUGUUAUAAUGUGCUGUGCAAGUGAACUGAAUGUGUGAAAGUGUGGUGUUUCGUGCUAGUAUGAAAGUCCCUCAGCAGGAUAUGUUGGUCACUUUAAAUACCAAAUGCCCACUACCAAAGCAUAUGGUGAGUCAACUGUUUUUAAAUGUUGUUACAUGUAUGUGUAGAAUCCACAGGAAGUUGAAGAGACCAAAAUGCCUGACACAUGCUGUCUGACCAGUAGAAAUACAUUUUACAAGUUUACAAUUUCACAAUCAAGUACAUCAACAUGCAAGCAUCACCAAUGUACUGUAUCUCUAACAGAGAACAAGCCAUUAGCAUUAUAGAAUUAUUGUUAUAACUUUUGUGUCAAUGUGAUGCUUUAUCUAUUUUACACACGGUGCUAUCACAUGGAGGUGAAUCAAUCUGUUCAGUAUUCUUUGUACAUUAAAUGAUUCAUACAUACUAUGCAUUCUUUACAUUCAAUACAAAGUGUUUUUGACUAAGGGUUUCCUUGGAGUAGAUGGAAUUAUGCAUGCCUCUAUGCUGCAUUUGAUGCAAGGUGAUGCAAGCCUGUAUUUUAGUAAAAGUAAAACAAACUUGUAUGUAAUUGCAAUGCUGAGGUCAUUUUUAUACAUGUUAUGAUUAUACAUAUUUUUGUACAUUACAACGUUGUUACAUGUCCAAGGAGUGUUGUUUACAGAGCGAGUUUGGCUAAACUACAGCGGAAAAAUUAAAUAUAUUUGCAGUCACACGCUGUGCUUUUUUUUCUGUUCAGAUGUACUUUCCGCGGUGGUUUUAAUUGCACCGUUUGAAAUGCUAAGAUUAA